CCAAUCAGUUUGAUUCGCCCAAUUAUUAUCUCUCGGCCAAUUCAAUCUUCAUAACACGAUGUGUACAAGAUGGCUGCCUCAAGUAAUAACUGGGUAAAACUAAAUGUCGGUGGAACUUACUUUUUAACGACGAAACAAACGCUCUGUAGGCAUCCCAACUCCUUCUUGCAUAGGCUUUGCGCGGAGGAUCCAGAUUUACCCUCGGAUAAGGUAAGGAAAGCUUGUGUCGUGCCAAAUGUUCGUGAUGUCAAGCUCGCAGCUAACCGGUGGACAUUUUGACAUCUACAGGAUGAACGCGGAGCGUAUAUGAUAGAUCGUGAUCCUCGUUAUUUUGGACCUGUUUUAAACUACCUUCGGCAUGGAAAGCUCAUAAUCGAUAAAGACCUGCUGGAGGAAGGUAAUAUAAAUGUGCACGAAUAUCUCUUGAAUUUAAUUUGCUCUGACUGCUAACACAAGACCUCUCGAGUUCUCCCAGUUUGAGUUUACGCCUCGGUAUUUUCUAUGUAAACAUAAAGUUUUGACGACACGGGUUUGCAGCUUUUCUUUUAUAGUGCCUUUAUUUAAAUCGCUUUGUGGCAGAGCUGAAGUAUUUAAUUUCCUCUGCGACUCUCAAGUAGCUGGACUGCAUAUAAGAAUUCGGUCUGACAUCGAUUUUGUACGGUUCAAGCACUACGUAAGCCUUACAUGUUAACUAAAUGGGAAACAAAAAUCGGUAUAUCUAAAAGCUUUUCCUUACCUUUUCAAAUGCCUCCUGUCGCAGUAAAAGCUAUAAACUCCGAUGAUGUGUGUAAAAGGUUUAUCAGAGAAACAGACGCACAAAUGUUUUGACUUCGUGAAACAUACGACACCUCCAUAAAAGUAUUGUUGACUUUACAGCAAAGAAAUUUCUUACGUUUCACAACCUUUCUGUCUAUCGUUUUUUCUCCAUGAAAAGGCAGUUAUUCCAAAUGUCAUUGUUGCUGGCGUGCUAAAGUGCAAAGCAGGAAAAAAUUGAGAUUUACAAUGAUUGUUUUAAUUUUUUCAGAUCGGGAUGAAGAAUUUUUUCCAUUUUGAUUAAUAUCUGCCAAGUUUAAGAUAACUUGAGCGUAUGGUUGUAAUAGUAUACUCUAAAGUACACAACAUGUUUUACUACCAAAAGUAGGUAUUUUUUGUUUAACAGUCAUUCAUAUCAGGGCAAAAGUAUGGCUGGCUGUAAAGAAUAUUGUCAAAUAAAAUGAGCAAUCUUUUUACUGAAUAACAUUUGCAGGGUAAUAAAUUCAGAGGCUUCAAUAUUUCAAUACAGUAUUAGGGGUGGUCACGUUUAAUUAUUAUUUACUGACAGUUUAAUUUUAAUUAGCAUGUAAAUUUAUGUCAUUGCUGUGAAGACUGAGAGAAAUUUAAAAAAAAAUCUCUCCUGUAAUGCUCUUGAUUUUUUCCUGAAGUUGAUUUAACUGAGCCCUUUGUUCAUUGUGGUCAGCAGUUUAGUUUCACAGCUGUGUCUUCUUUUGUUUUAAAGAAUACCUAAAAAUGGUGAUUCUGUUCUGACUGGUUGUGUCGUUUGUCUCGCAGUACCAUCCACUACCAUGGACAUGUCAAGUCCAACUAUUUUUGAGGGGACUUCCAGAUGGCUUGAUUGACCACUAGGCCACACAGCCCACCACCCCCUCCCCCCUCUUCUAUACAGUUUCAGUGUAUAUCACAUGCACCUGGUAGUUGUUUUGGUUCAAGCCUUGCAAUUAGGUUGUUCUCUAGAACAAGAGACAAUGUUCCACUUUGUCUCUCCUCUGGAGGCGUGGUGGCCAAAGAUUUAAAAAAUCACAAUUCGGAUCUGUAUUUCUGACCUUAUUGUCAUACUUUUUUUAACCUUAGACAGUGAGCUUUGUUCCACUUUCUCUAACUUCACCCAAGUGUUUAACAUAUACAUGCUGCAGGGGGGAAACCCUGAAAUGGACUAGCUUUCUACACAGGGGGAAGUAGCAAAAUGUCGAGGUGCUUCAGGCUACAAAAACUGUGUUACAUUCUGGCCAUGUGGACCUGGGCCCAUGUUUCACCUUUGAUUUACCCAGCAACAGAAAAAUUUUCCUUAGUUUGUGUUGAUCACUGACAGUUGAAAAAGGUUUCCAACCUUUCUCAUACUUAUUUUUUGUGGUAUGACAUGAGUAAAGGCUAGUAAUAACCUCUGGUUAAUAUAAUUCUGCCAGUUUAGUUUCUUUCUUGUCAUGUUUGUCUGGAGAUUAUGUAAUGUUUCUAUCACUUACAUGUAUUUACACAUACCGUUGGUGGUAGCUUUAUGUUAUUAACAGUUUAGGUGGGAUGGUUUGGAACCCGUAGGAAGGGAGUGGAAGCUAUGCUAAAAUGUUUUUUGAGAGAAGAGUUUGUCGAUAAUGUUUUAUUAUUAUUAUCAUUAUUAUUACUGUUAUUAUUAUUUUCAUUGAAAUGAGUUUAAUUUGCAUGUGAAGGAAAACUUAUUUUCAUAUGAUGCAAUGAUAAUUACCAGGACACACUUUGAAAACGAGGCUAAUGGUAAUUUGAGAAUGGCAUUUUGGACAACCAGUGUAGCUCACAAUGUUUUUUAUGUCUUGAUUAAAAAAAAAGAAAGAAAAUAUUAAAACUUUUUUUCAUAUGAUGCAAGGAUUAGUGCAGGGACAUACUUUGAAAAGAGGCUAAAGGUAAUUUGGGAAUGGCAUUUUGAACAACCAGCAUACUUCACAGUGUUGUUUGUGUUUUGCUUUUCAGGUGUUUUAGAAGAGGCAGAGUUUUAUAAUAUUGAUCCUCUUGUUAAAAUGAUAAAAGAUAGGAUACAGUCUAGAGAUUCUCGACUAAAACCCGCAGUAAGUCUUUGUUACCAUAAAAAUAUUAUUCUGUUUUUCCUCAAAAAUUUAUAUUUUUUAUCUAUUAGACACCACGAUCAUUGUAUGUAAAUAAUAAUAAUAUAUAUUAUUUUUAAUAUCUAGUAAUAUUCCCGGCAAUCUUAGUUGUAUAGUUGCAUUUAUUUUAAAACUGGCCAACCAAAAGCAAAAAAUCCAUCUACCUGCAAAGAUGUGACUAUCUCUAUUUUGCCUUGUUUCUUUAAUCAGGGCUUCUGAUAUUUCGCGCGGUCGCGGACCCGCGAAAUUCAGGUAUUUCCGAGAAAUACCGCGAAAUCCGCCAGAAAUAUUUUCAAAUACAUGUCGGCAAAACAUAUUUCAUACUUAUCUUGGCUAUUAGACCUCCCUUGUAGAAUCAGACACUAUGUAGAAUCUAUGCAAAUGCUAUGUCACAAAGCUAUGCAAAACCUAUGUUAAUCACUCAUACAUUGCUUUAACCAGAUCCUAUGUUGUUUCUAUGCCAGGACUAUGUUUUUUGUAUCGAAAAUGCUAUGUUUUCGCUAGUCAAACAGAACCUACUUAAAAGCUAUGCAGUUUUUAAAGGUAGGAAUAAAGGAAGAAAUGACAUAGUUUCCACAUAGCCUAUACAUACAGUUUACUUAGCUUGUGGAAAGAGAUUUUAGACUUCAUAGUCAACCUCAUAGAAAAAUCAUAGAAAAUAAAUAGCCUUCACAUAGGACUGAAAUAGAGUUUACAUAGUAAAAUGGAACAGGGAACAGUUGAUUAAAUAGCUUUUGAAUAGGGUUUGCCUAGAAUUUAGAUAGCCUAGAAAUAGAAAAAACAUAUGAAAAACAUAGCCUUUUUAAAGGUGACAUAUACUUUGCAUAGCAUUAAAAUAGGGAAAACACAGAACAAAUAGUCUUUGCGUAGGUUUGAAAUAGGAUUUUAAUAGUAUUUGAAUAGGUAAAACAUAUCACAUACACAAGCUUUAACUAGAGUUCAAACAGAAAUUACAUAGAAUUGACAGUCUCUUAUGUAUGUAGGUUUCGAUCUGCUUAAGCAAAUGUAGUGUUUAAAAUACGUUCGUAAAAAUCACCAAAAUAGUAAAGAUAGUAUAAAAAUAUGAAUUAGAAUAUCUUUUACAUUGGUAAGAAAUAGGUUUUGAAACGAAAAAUUGAAAAACCAUGGCAAUAUAAUACCACGAACACUAAUAGUAACACAAAUGCAGUAUUUUCAUGGAGGUUUCACAAUCGAAACCCCAAGUUUAAGUUUGCUUAUCGUGUAGACUUUUUGCUGAUGUCGUGCUGUUCAGUGCCAUACAGUUUCCUUUUGACUGCAACGAAUAAGUAUCUGCAAACAGAAAAGUGGGGAUUUUAAGGCAAAUGAACAUAAAAACAACCUGACGUUUUAGAAUUGAAACGAAGGAGUAUCAAAGCGUGAUCUACCGAUCCUUGUUCAGAUACGCGAAAAGGGGAGACAACACAGGCAAAUCGAAACUUAAUUGAGAAAAACAUCACUUACCAACGUUAGGAAUACUUUUUGUUGAACCUGGCAGGAAAAAGACUGUAAAUUGAAGUAAAAAGAAGCGUCUUCUUGUAAAAACACACGCUUACAGCUCGUCUUCUUUGACUUGAAAGCGCCCGCGUGGGAACAGACAAUUUUCACACCUUUUCAUUGGUUGAAAAGGCCCACGUGACGAUAAAACGCAAAAUACGCAUGUGUUGAACUCACGGGCUUCCCUGGGAACUAGUGGAAACAAAAUGGCUGACAAACAUCCACCGGGUAUACCCAUCCACCGAGGCAGGUAGCGUUUCGCAGUUUGGAGACGUCCACAAUCAAGACGAAGGAUCGAACCAAAUGGAAAAGAAGAAAAUGAUGCAUGGAAGUAUCAUUUCAAGUAAAGAACUCUAGGGAAAAGCUAAAAAGGAAAGUUAAGACAGGGAUGAUGGAUGUAGCGAUUUAAUGCUUAACAACAGUUAACAAAAGUCUCCUCACUAAGAAACUAUCUGCAAGCACAAAAAAAAAUUAUAGUACAUGAUUUUUCAGUGUUUUAGUUUAAAACACUGCUUUUUACUUUGGAAGUAUGCUUAGCCUUCUGUAAGCGCUACCAUCAACAUGCCUAGUCACUUAAAAGCUAUGUUGGAAUAUCACAUAGGAGACGCAUAGACUACAUAUAUUUUUCAUAUGAGUGACAUCGGAAAAAAUAUGGUUAUGUAAAAGCUAUGUAGCCUUUAUCUCAUGAUAAAGCUAAAUGAAAAUGUCACAUAGUGAAUACAUAGGCUGCAAAUAUGUUUCAUCACAUAGCAUAGAAUAUACAUAGCACUACGUAAAAGCUAAGAAACUUGUUGGAAAUAAAAGUGAAGAUCGAAAUGCUAUGUAAAAGCUAUUUUACUUUGAUGCAUAGUGAAUACAUAGGAUGCUAAUCGGAAGGAAAAGCAGAACUUUCUAUUGCAUAGUAAAUACAUAGCUAUGUCAAGACUAUGAAAAGAUUUUGAAUAGUAUUUGCAUAGGUAUUCAAAAGCUAUGUGCUUUUCAAAUAGCCUAAACAUAGUUUCAACAUAGAUUUUGCAUACUUUGGACUAUGUUGUUUGGCGUGUUACAUAGUUAAUACAUAGCCAGUAGUGAACAUAACAUAGCUGAAACAUAGUCCAACAUAGUAAACAAAUAGCAUGAGCAUAGGUUUUGCAUAUGUCUGGUUCUACAAGGGCUGUUUUAUUCAUCCCAAACGUCCAAAUUUUUAUCUUGAACGUUCGUCACGUCAAUGAGUAAACAACGUCCCAAAACUACCAGGCGGUUUUAGAUGAACGUUGCGAAAAACUGGGCACUAACCAUAAUGUUAAUGGCUUUAGCAUUCGCUCAUUUCUCGAGCGAACUGUUGUUGAAAGAGCAAAUGAUUAUCCUUGUUAAAAAAAAGUGGAACAACGCUGGUCAUAUCGACGCAAAAUUGAUUGAAUUUAGCGAAAUUUGCAAAAAAAAACCAGCAAAAUCGGCUGUUUUUUUACUGAUUGUUUCUUGGCGAAGUUUCCCUCUGAAAUUUCCCGUGAAAUCGGCCAAUUUUUCUAAGAAUUUGGCCCCGAAAAUCCUUCGAAAUUUGACUUUUUUCCGCUAAAAUCCCGCGAAACCGGCCGAUUUUUCCGCAAAUUUUGACUUUUUUCCCGCGAAAUCAGCCGAUUUUGAAGCGAAUUUUGACUUUUUUCCCGUGAAAAUCCCGCGAAAUCGGCCGAUUUUUCCGCGAAUUUACCCCUGAAAAUCCCACGAAAUUUUGCUUUUUUUUCCGCGAAAUAUCAGAAGCCCUGUUUAAUGUAAAUGUUGUGGCUCAAUAAUAUUUUAUCCUUGGUUCAAGUUUUAUUUUCCUUUGUUUUAAACCCAUUAUCAUACAUUACCAUACCCCAAAACAAAGGGAAAUAAAAUUUAGACUAAGGAUAAAAUUGAACAAAAAACACCCUUAAAUUUAAACAGUCAUGUACCCUCUCAAGCAAGUAUUUUAGCGUUCUUAAAACUUGAAUGGAAAAUGUAGCUAACCAUAAGUAGGUUGAGUUUGAUCGUCUGGGUGAACGUAGUCCUGAAUAGGACUGUUGUUGUUGACAGUGACUGACGUUUUGACAACCUGUGCAGUAGUCGUCUUCAGAGUCCUAUUCAGGACUACGUUCACCUGGACAAUCAAACUCAACCUACUUUUGAAAUGACUCCUGGGUUCAAAACCUUUCACAUAGCUAACCAUGUUGAAUUACUGGUCUGAGUACACCUUGUAAGUGCCAUUCAAAGCUCUUGUUUGUGGUCAAAUUACUUUCAUGUGGUCUUGUUUUCGUGUACCUCUCUAGAGGCACUAAAACAUUUUAUAGUACUUUGCAGUAUUACAAAAAAUCAUUAAUAGGUACCAUGACCUUGUACUAUAGACAACCAGGUACAGCAGUGAAUGUCAUGUUGUUUUAUUUCCAGCUUCAGUCGAAAAAACAUGUUUACAGAGUUUUACAGUGUCAUGAAGAUGAACUUACUCAGAUGGUUUCUACAAUGUCAGAUGGCUGGAGAUUUGAACAGGUCAGGAGAAAAAUUUUUGGUUUGUGUUUCUGCAAUAAGGAAAUAUCCAUAAUAUUACAAUGUGCACUCCCUGCUGUUGGGCUUGUCACCUUGCCAUGGUGAUAAAGUUUGCUUGUCUUAAGGAUCCCAAGAGAUAUGCCUGAGUGCAGGGUUUUAGCACUGUUGGGUCCAACCAUGCUGGUUAGAACUAAGGACAGCUCGUGGCUCCCAUGCUGGGCAUUUGGCAAGCUACCAAUAACUCAUCUUUGUUAAAAAAUUGUUGAUUGGGAGAAGGGAGCUACCCUGUUCACCACUUAGGAAAAAGGAACUAGUUAUGUUGACAUUUGCUUUUGUGGCAGAUCUAGCUAUGUUGAUUAUAGUUUUAAAUCAGUUACAAGAUAUCCACAGCUCCCUAGGAAAGCUGAAUGUAUAUUAUUUAGGCUUUGUGAACAUGCCCUUUUCAGUCAUUAAGGUCUGCUUGUUUGCAGUUUUUGUUCAUAAUCUGCAGUUAUAAUAUUAAUGAUUUACCCCUCCUGUAUGAUGUUUCCCAGGGUAUUUUGUUUUUUUCUUCUUGGGUUGUGACCGUGUUAAUAUUCGUUUUUGCAGUUAAUUAGUGUUGGAAGUAAUUACAACUAUGGCAGUGAAGAUCAAUCAGAAUUUUUAUGCGUAGUGUCAAGAGAUGUUUCUGAUUCACAAGAGCAAGGUGCAACAGGAACUGAACAAAGUGAUAAGGCAAAGGUGACUGAAAAGGAGGAUUUAUACUAA